AUGGGUUGUAUAGUCAGCGUUAUUUCUCAUGUGUUACAAAUAUCCGAGAAAAUAUCAAUUUGCUUCUCAUGCGCCGCCUUAGUAUCUUGCAUUAUGGUAACAAUAACGCUAACGUUAUGUAUGGGGAUUGGUAUCGGAUAUAAUUAUUGCUACGUAGAUUUUAAAACAAAACAUAGAUACGUACCAGCACGCUACAAAUGGUAUCGGUACAACCCAACUCCACAUUGGAAACGAUCAGUACGUGAUAAUGCUUAUGAUUACAUAUCGGAAGAUGCAGAUGAAAUCCAGACAACAGAAAUAAAUGCUGCAUCCAUAACAACAACUGAAAACUAUGUAACGAAUGAUACAAACCCACUUACCCAAAACGAAAAAACAAACUCGUCAAAGGUGUACGACUUAAUUGUAAAUGAAAUAUUGAAAGAAAAUGCAAAGCAUAAUAAUCUAAGUAAUACAAUUGAAUUAAAUGAAAAUGAAUCCUCGAAACUACUCAUUCCAAUAAGUGGUUUGGAUUUAAUAUCCCUAUUGUCGAAAUGGAGAGCUGAAAAUAGAAAUUAUUCACUGCAAAUAGUUGUUUCUUAA